AUGGGCGAGUUCAAGGCUCCAUUACCUCAAGGUGCAGGAUAUGCAAUUGUUCUCGGACUGGGAACUGUAUUUGCUGUCGGCAUGAUACUUACGACUUAUAUGCUAAGAAGAUAUCAAAAAGAAAUAAUUACUGCAGAAGAAUUUACUACCGCAGGAAGAACUGUGAAAACAGGACUGGUGGCCGCUGCUGUCGUCUCUAGUUGGAUAUGGUGUUCAACUUUGCUUACUUCAGCAUCAAAACAACUGGAUGGUAUGCUUGGUGGCUACUCAUAUUCAGCAGGUGCUUGUUUUCAGAUCGUGGCCUUCGCCAUCUUGGCAAUUAAAACAAAACAGAAAGCUCCUAACGCACACACAUACUUGGAAUUAGUUAGGAAGCGCUAUGGUAAGAUAGGUCACUGCUGCUAUCUAUUCUAUGCAUUUGCUACAAACAUCCUAGUUACAGCAAUGCUAUUAACAUCAGGUGCUGCUGUCUUCGAAAGUAUGACGGGAAUGAAUUCUGUUGCUUCGUGCUUCCUUCUACCGGUUGGUGUUGUAAUAUAUACUUUAUUUGGAGGAAUUAAAGCUACUUUUCUAACAGAUUUCAUUCAUACUUGUGUCAUCAUAGUUAUUAUUAUGGUUUUUGCAUUCAAAGUUUAUGCGACAAGUGAUGUGCUAGGAUCUCCUGGUAAAGUGUAUGAUUUAGUACGCGAAGCCGCCAAAAGACACCCUGUUCCACACAACGCCCAAGGAGAAUAUCUGACCAUGUCAUCUAGGUCCGGUGGCAUUUUCCUGAUAAUUAACUUGGUAGGAAACUUUGGUACAGUAUUCCUUGAUAACGGAUAUUGGAACAAAGCCAUCAGUGCUUCGCCUGCUGCCGCUCUACCUGGCUAUGUAAUGGGUGGUUUAGCUUGGUUUGCAGUUCCAGCUCUUCUUUCGGUUACCAUGGGUUUUGCAUGUCUAGCAACUGAAACACUAAAAUCAUUUCCAACAUAUCCUGAUCCAUUAACACCAGAGCAAGUAAGCGCUGGUCUUGUACUACCUGCAGCAGCUGUCUCAGUGAUGGGAAAGGGUGGUGCUGUUGCAACUUGCCUCAUGGUCUUCAUGGCUGUCACAUCUGCAAUGUCCGCCGAACUAAUCGCCGUAUCAUCUGUUUUCACUUAUGACAUCUACCGGAUUUAUAUAAAUCCAUCAGCUGAUGGAAAGAGACUUAUCUAUUCCUCUCAUUUUGCUUGUGUUGUAUUUGGCCUUUGUAUGAGCGGAUUUUCCGUUGGAUUAUAUUAUGCUGGUGUCAAUCUUGGUUACCUAUAUGAAUUAAUGGGGAUUAUUAUCAGUAGUGCAGUGUUACCCGUGGUACUUACUCUCUGCUGGAAAGGCCAAAAUAUAAUUGCUGCUGUCGUAUCACCAAUUUUGGGCACAGCAUUGGCUAUAAUGUCUUGGCUAGUUUGUACAAAGUCACUCUAUGGUGAAAUCACCCUUGCCACAUCAUUCGAAGAUUAUCCCAUGCUUACGGGUAAUCUAGUUGCAUUACUAUCGCCAGCAAUAUUCAUUCCUAUUUUAACAUUUCUAUUCAAACCACAGAAUUACGACAUGGAACUAUUUAAAGAAAUUUCUAGGGUUGACGAAACAAAGGAAAUUCUGGAAGCUUACCCAGAAAUAGAACCAAUCAUUAGUAAAACACAAAUCGCACAUGAAUCUGAAGGCUCCUUAAUCGAGAGCGAUUACAACAAAGAAGACGAGAAAGACGCCGUGACUCAUAUCAAGACCACUGAAAAGCACGAACUCGAUAGGAUCGAUACAGAAAACUUAUCUGAAUACGAUGCCCAAGAAGAAAAGAAAUUGAAAAGAGCUCUUAACUGGGCUUAUUUCCUCUGCAUAUUUUUUGCACUGGCUUUCUUGGUCGUUUGGCCAAUGCCCAUGUAUGGUACAAAGUAUAUAUUCAGUAAGCGCUUCUUCACAGGGUGGGUUGUUGUCAUGAUUAUAUGGAUAUUUAUAAGUGCUUUCUGUGUUUGUGUAUUCCCAGUCUGGGAAGGUCGUCAUGGGAUUUACACUACAUGCAGAGGUAUUUAUUGGGACUUAACUGGCCAAUCAUAUAAGCUGAAAGAAUGGCAGGAAACUAAUCCUUCAGAACUACAUGUUGUUCAAAGUCAGAAGAGUAUUAGACCAAAAAUCAGUCGUAUUGAUGACCUGAUAGAGUAA